AUGGCAAUCACAGGCGCCGCUUGGAGCAGAGCCCUGCGCAGCCGACUGCUCCAGCAGAGACUCGCGCUCGGCAAUGCUAGUCAACAUUUUGAAUUGCGAACUGCAUCCAGAAUCUUGCGAAGCUAUACGACAGCAACUGCCGGUCAAGAUGAUCCACAUAUCAGCGCGGACCAGGAUACCUCCCUCGCAUCUCUAUCUGCACCGCGAUCAACUUUCCCUGACAACGCCUCCGGUCGGAACUCACGUCGUCUCAAGGUGUCUUCGGGUGAGUCUGAAGCCAGGAAACGUGAGGAUUUGUUGAUGGAGAUUGCGCAACAGUCCUCAUCUCACAUCAAUCGCAAACAUGUCCGUCUGGAGAUGGAGUGGGUACAGGAUCCGCUUCUAUUGGCACAGCGAGUCUCGACGGCCCUAAGAGGUGGUGAUCCUGCCAUGGCGGUAGCACUCGCUCGGGAGGCAACAAAGCAGAUCCCAGGGACAAAGUUUGUCGUGGCAUGGAAUCGAAUUUUUGGGUAUUGUUUUGAUAUGGGCCACCCAAAGCCGGCCCUGAGGUUUUUCAACGAUAUGAAAAAGCGCGCUGGAAAACCAAACCCCCAAACGUUCACCAUCCUCCUCAUGGGCCUUCGGAAAUCCUCCAAAGUUCCUGGCUUUGACAUUGUACGAACUGCGGAAGCCAUUUAUAACUCAAUUUCUGCCGAGAAUUCCGGAGUUGAGCGUGACAUAAUCCAUACCAAUGCAAUGCUAUCAGUCUGCCAAUACCACGGUGAUAUGGACUCUCUUUGGCGCAUUGCUGGGAGUCUUCCGGAACAGGGACCAGGAGCGCCGGACAUGUCAACUUAUACGGCCAUCCUGGGAACGCUCCUGUUUGCCCAUCGCAACAAAAUCAAGACCAUGGAUGCCAGUCAGAUCGACCAUAUAUUUUCUCUCAAGGCUCAGCUCAUCAACGAUGGCAAAAGGAUAUGGGCCGAUAUUCUCUACCGAUGGCAAAAUGACGGCCUACCUCCUGACGCUCAUGUGGUGCAAUCCAUGGCUGCACUGCUGCUAGAAGGUGCCAGUGAUCAUGAUUACUACGAUGUUUUCGCUCUCUAUCAUCAAACCAUGGGAAUCCCCAUUUUUUCAAAACGGCCACCAGAAAGCGCUAGAGAUACGCCUACCUCCACCUGGAAGAUGAGACAAACUAAAAUGUCUGAGCCGCCUGUGGAGGAGGACGUUCCAUUCGUGGAUGAAAACAAUCGGACCUUGAAAUUAGACAAGGAUGGGCAAAAGGAGGAAGAGCCGUCCAUUGAGAGAGAAGAGGAAAAUUUCGACUCGCUCUUUGAUCCCCUUCCUAUAGGACCUGUACCGGAACUCCAGCCAGGGAACAAAGACCUUACAGUAAUUCAGGAGGCUUGUCUCAAUAUCACUCAGGGGAGUAAAUCUGGUUAUGAGUACUGGAAACAUUUGACAUCGGGAUCAACAUCACCACACAUCGAGCCUGACGAGGUCGCUGCCAUCCAGUUCCUGCGCCUUCUCCGAAUAUCACGAGCAAGCAACAAGGCCGUUGAAGUUGUUCGGGGCCAGCUGAUCCAGUCGGGGCAAAUUAGCGGGAAAAUCUUUCAUAUUGCUCUGUCUGUCUGUCGUCGUGACAAACACAAUCAUUCGUGUCUUAUGCAUGCGAAUGAAAUCAUGGAUAUUAUGGGCAAAUCUUUACUUCUCCCUGAUCUCCGUGCGCUCCAGGGAUAUUUGGAAUUGGUUCAAGCACUAUCUCAACAACCAGAUAUCCUCAUGUAUUUGAGAGGCUUGGGCAUCGAAGAAGGGCGCGAGGCCCGUACCUUGCGGACCCUGGGAAAGAAAUUGCAAGCGAAGCUUCACCUCUUUGCGCUUGCGACUCUUCGACCUCAUUUCGCUCACCUCCAUGAGGCCAUGGAGCGAGGAAAGCCGCUUUCAAAAGGCCGUUGGGACUCGGCUCGCAAUGAGAACUCUGUCCCGGGGGCCCUGGCUGUCAAGAUAAUGGCCCGCAUUCGUCUGAUGAUCGACGAAGUCUUGAAAUCCGAGUACUCAACUUUCGUCUCAAAGGCCGACCGCAGAGUGCUCGAAUCAGAGUCCACCAUGCUGAAGAAAUAUUCCAAUCGGGAUGUCAUUAUGAGGUUGAACUCACAAACUGUCUUUGCUACACAACAGCAGCGCAGCAUGUACCGCGCAAGAAGAUCCAUUCCUGCGGUGUCGGGUACAUGUGAACUUGAUGAGCAAAGAACUGAGGAGGCAUUGGAUUCUUCUUCUCGUCCGGCUGAAUCGGAGGCUUGA